AUAUAUUGCCACUUAACUCAUUAUAAUUGUCCAAAGGAACAGAAGCUUAUAAUUAGAAUUAUUUUAAUUGUGCCUGCAUAUUCUGUCUAUUCAUUUGUCAGCAUUUUGCUUGUUGUACAUGCAAGAAUUGCAGGAAGUUACAUAGAACCAGUUCAUGAUGUUGCCGAAGCCUUUGCAAUAUAUUGUUUUCUUGCACUUUGCUAUCAAUAUUUGGGAGGGGAGGGAAAUAUAAUGUCUGAACUCAGAGGAAAAAUAUUAGGGUUGGUCUUGUUAUUUUAUGAAAUACCAGGUGUAACAUAUUUUAUGGAACUUGCUGUUUUGCCGGAAAGCCGUACACUAUUUUGUUCUUGCGCUUUUGUAAAGUGGUAUGAUCUAAUUUAUGUAUCUGCUCUUGUUUAUUGA